GCUGCUCUUCGGAGUUUAGUAAAUGACUGCGCCAAGAUGCACAGAGGGCUCGACUGUGGUUGCUGAUCACUAAAGCAAUGGGACAAAUAACAACUCUUUUGCGAUUAUUGUGAGGAUUUUGAGGGGGGCAAUGAAGACCAUCAUGAAACCGAAAACGUGUCGCGUCUCGUAAAGCUAAACCAGACAAUGGAACUAGCUUCAUGCAGCAUUAACAGCUUUUCACCCCGGGGAGGAAAUAAAAAAUUACCUGCAGAAGAACAGCACACAGCAACACCGGGAUACAAACAACGUGUGGCUUGAACAAAUUACCUAUUCUGGUAUGCACUUGAGGCAACGCGUAAAGAAGAAACCCUAUUUCGUAUGUGUUGGACAACUUCUGUGGAAUUCCUGUACUGCAGGGAACCACGAAUAGUUCAGACUGCUUGGAAUUUGGACUCUACAGCGCGAUCCAUCCUCGUUCCUAGUCACAUUUCUGAAGGAACAUGUUGAAAUCUCCCUUGUUAGAAACGGGGUUUGUGUAUAGUUACGAUGGAUUCACUAGAAUGAACCUGUGAAAUGUAUCUCAGCUAGUUACAGCACGGUCCCCCAACGAACACUGUAACCUGGGUGAGAUCUGCGUCUGUCUCUGGAACUGCCCGUGGUCCUGACCAGUGAGAACUCAGAGGCAUUGCAUAUCGAUACCUAAAAUGAUUCCUUUGCCUAUAUGCUCUUGAAUGUUUUUGUCGGCUUCCUUGGGGAACUGGAAUCCGAAAACAAGCAACAGAAGAACUGCUCACCUCGGAAGUCCCUCGUCGCACAAGGAAUCGUAUAGGCUACUAUUGGUGUUCCAGGCUGUAGCUAUAAACUAAACUGCAAGAUGCUUCUCAUACCCACAAAAAUGUACAGAGUAAACGCCCUCGGAAUCUAUCUGUGGGAAACUCUUGUCUUUUUUAGCUUGGCAGCUUCAAAAGAGGCAGCAGCUCGCAAAGCCAGCACCCCGAUGCCCCCCUCGGAGUUCUUGGAUAAACUCAUGGGAAAGGUGUCGGGUUAUGAUGCCAGGAUCAGACCUAAUUUUAAAGACCCACAUGGCCCCAAACCGGAUGGUACUCAUAAGAAAGGUCCACCUGUCAACGUAACAUGCAACAUUUUUAUUAACAGCUUUGGGUCCAUUGCCGAGACCACAAUGGACUACAGAGUGAACAUUUUCCUGAGACAGCAAUGGAAUGACCCCCGUCUGGCCUACAGCGAAUAUCCCGAUGACUCCCUCGACCUUGACCCCUCUAUGUUGGACUCCAUCUGGAAACCUGAUCUGUUCUUUGCCAACGAGAAGGGAGCCAAUUUCCAUGAGGUCACGACCGACAACAAGCUGCUGAGGAUCUCAAAAAACGGCAAUGUGCUCUACAGCAUAAGAAUAACACUGAUUCUGGCAUGUCCGAUGGACCUGAAGAAUUUCCCCAUGGACGUGCAGACUUGUAUCAUGCAGCUGGAAAGCUUUGGAUAUACAAUGAAUGACCUCAUAUUUGAGUGGGACGAGAAAGGAGCCGUACAGGUGGCUGACGGCCUGACAUUACCUCAAUUUAUACUGAAAGAGGAGAAAGACUUGCGGUACUGCACCAAGCACUACAAUACAGGAAAGUUCACCUGCAUUGAGGCCCGAUUCCAUCUGGAGAGGCAGAUGGGUUAUUACCUCAUUCAGAUGUACAUCCCCAGUCUUCUGAUUGUCAUUUUAUCAUGGGUGUCCUUCUGGAUCAACAUGGACGCCGCGCCUGCUCGAGUGGGCCUUGGCAUCACCACGGUGCUGACCAUGACCACGCAGAGUUCCGGUUCCCGCGCCUCCCUGCCCAAGGUGUCCUAUGUGAAGGCUAUCGACAUCUGGAUGGCCGUAUGUCUGCUGUUCGUGUUCUCGGCCCUGCUCGAGUACGCCGCCGUCAACUUCAUCGCCCGACAGCACAAGGAGCUGCUCCGCUUCCAGAGAAGGAGAAGACACCUCAAGGAGGACGAGGCAGGUGAGGGACGCUUCAGCUUCGCUGCCUACGGCAUGGGGCCCACCUGUCUGCAGGCCAAAGACGGCAUAGCCAUCAAGGGUAACAACAACAACGCGCCGGCCUCCAACAACCCGCCCGAGAAGACCGUGGAGGAGAUGCGCAAGCUCUUCAUCGGCCGAGCCAAACGAAUCGACACGGUGUCACGUGUGGCCUUCCCCAUGGUCUUCCUCAUUUUUAACAUUUUCUACUGGAUCACCUACAAGAUCAUCCGCAUUGAGGAUGUCCAUAAGCAGUAAGCAUAUAUGGGCAGUGAGAAGAGGGUGAGAAGAGAUAAGAGAUGGAGAAUGAUGAAGACGACAACGAAGGAGAAGAAGAAGAAGAAGAAGAAGAAGAAGAAAAACAUGGCCAACGCACUCCAUCACACUCCACACCACUUCCAUCUUUCCUGCUCUUCCUCUUUCUCUACAGCACCACUGGCUUUCGAUGGUGGCCCUUUCAGCAGAGGUACUUCCUUUUCUCCCCUUUCUUCUUUUUUUAAAUCUAAUCCUAAACCCCCACCGCCCCCCCUCUUCUGAAUAACUGGACCUGUGCAAUAGCAAUGCAGUCAAAUGCAUGAUAUCAUGAAUGUGGCAAUAUAUUUACUGAAAAAAAUAAAUAAAGAAAAGAAAAUACAAAAUGACUGAGUAAACAGACUUUUGCAAAUACAGAGACCAUCUGAACUAAUUGACCGCUGAAUAUCUCCUCUAAGGAAUAUGAUGUUCACGUGAGACAGUAUUUUUUGCAACUGGAAGACAUACUCUGCAUUAUAACGAUGGGAGGGGGAAUCAUACAGCACUGUAAUAUAUCACAUAUCUAUCUUUAAAAAGACAAGAAAAAACUAAUUUCUUCCAGGAAAGGUCGCUGGAAUUCGAGGGGUUUUGAAAGUUCUAAGGCAGUCUGGUGCUUCCAUAAAAGAUACGAUGCAAGGACCACUGGGUCCUCCUACUGCUCACUGCGCUACAAUAUGUGUAUUGCAAGCACUUGUCAAAGCUUUCCCUGAAUCUUGGAUGCCAUGAGGUUGACUCCACUUCUAUAUAAAUGACGGGAACAUGACACGUGCAAGUGGAAAAGAAUACUGUUUAUACAAGCUGUGUUCCUUUACCUUUCCUUUAUGUUUCUGCUCGAUGACAUAUUAGUAUUGAUUUAUGUGCCAAGUAAACAUCAUGUUGCUGUAAUACUUUUUUUUUCUCAACUUCUUGGAGUUGACUGAAGAGAAAAAAAAUACACUCCUCACACCACAUUCCUUUCACUGUUAUAUUGAUUUGUUCAUAUGCCUAUUUUUUGACGGAUUUCGUAUUUACAAAAAAAAAGAAAAAAAAAGGACGAAAAACAUAUAUACGUAUGGUGAAAUUAAUAUCAAAUCAUUGAUUACAAUCCUGAGGGGAAUAAUAAAAUAACUUGUUGCACCCCGGCGGUUCUGCCAUACGCUCCGCUGGCGACCUUUCGUGUGCUGCUCACGUAAACAUUUUGAGAGCCUGUCAUUCUCUGGAGGAACAGAAAAAGGGAGGCCGAGAAGCAAGUGAUCUUUCUAAAAGGUCGAGUUCCAUCCUUUAUUUAACCCCACUGUCAUUGAAUACAUUACAUUAAUGUACAGUACCCUGACAAGAACCUGUCAAUGUCAUUUUUUUUUUUUAAACUUGAUGACAGAGCAACUGAGCCAGUGUUUGAAAACAGUAGUCUUCAGAAAUGCAUUUCUCUAUAAGGAAUAUAAAAGUGCAUUGAUUACAGCCAGAUGUAUACCAAUUUAAACAGUCUAAUCAAUCAACACAAAGUAUUCAACCAAUGACAUAGAAGAACUCUCAUCUUACAGUGUAUGUAGAGAAUCCAUUGCUUUCAUUUAUGUAAUUGUUUUUCACCAGGCUUCUCUAUGCAAAUAAUAUAUUAUAUAUGCAAUUAUUUUCAGCUUUACCAUGCCGAUAAUCCCAAAUGGGGUUUUAUGGAUUGAUGUGCCAUCAAGUUUUAAUCCAAAACAUCAGAGUUCUUAUAUCUGAAAAUAUAGGAGCAAGGAGGCCUUUUAAGGUUUGGUGUUAUGCCUCACAUACAUAAUUAUGCCAACUCAUCUGGUCCUCUAAGAGUAGCAUUUAUUAUCAGACGUCAAAGACACCUCAGUUGAACUAUGCAUGGACAAUAUAUUUUUUGUUCUAUUUAUUAUUUACUUUUCUUUUUUUUUUACAGCAGUCUAUGUAGGUUGAAUUCAAAAUCUGACCCAACCACCUUGUGCAUGGAUUGUUACAUUGUUACAGGUUGUUUACUUAAAGAGAAAAAAAGUUGGAAACAUGCACUCCUUAUAGCGCUAAAUUAAUUUUAUAAUGUAUUCAGCUAAAAUUAAAAAAGGCAGUGUCUCAGCUGACAUUCAAAAUGUAUUUAUUUAUUUAUUUAUUUAUUUAUUUAUUUAUUUAUUUAAGUGUCUAUUUUUCUCUUCAAGUUCUCCUGUUUCAUUUUAAGAAGAUCUUGUUGAUCUUCUUGAAGAUUUAUUUUCUUUUGGCAUUGCAUUAAAUAUUUCAGGUAGCAUCUGUAGCAUGUUGGCAUACUUAGAAUCAUUUUAGUGCAAUAUCAUUACUUGCCAGUUUUACUUAUGCUUUGUUGCCCGGUUGGUUUAUUUUCAAAACCAAAGAACUACUUUGCUAUUGUCAUUGCCUUGAUGGGAGAUCCUUUUUAACUACAGUAUGCUCAAUAUGUUUAAUUUCUUAAGCUUUGCUUACUUCACAGUUGUGUCCAUACAUUUCUGUAUUCCAUCCAAACACAGAAAAAAAACGUACUUUCAUUUUGUUCCAUUUGUUGGAAAAAAGUGGAUGGAGAAUAGUAUAUCCAUAGCAACAAAAUGAUCUUAACUCCCUUCUAAAAAUAGACCUUCAAUGAUACUCCUCUUUCAACAUACACUUUAAAUAUUUUCAACAUGAUGAUCACUGGCAAAUCUAAAGAUAUCAUGAAGUAAUUGUAACUAAGUUAUGUCCAAUAACAUGAUAUAAAAUUUGAAGGGCUGUUUUAUACUGGCAUUAUACAUCUCAUAAUAAUCCCAACCCUUUCACUGAGCCUUCUUCUGCUCAGUAUAUUAACAUGUAUAAAGCAUUGGGAUUAUAGCUCAGACUAAGUUGAAAGAGGCAGGAAAGCUACAUUUACCCAAAUUCAGUUUGAAUAUUGUCACAUCACUAAAAGUACUUAAUUAUCAGGGUAGCAUUAGUAUACGGGAGCUGUGUUAGUCUAACAUGCAGCAAUACUGAGGGUCCCAGGAUUUUGUAAACAUUGAAUGCAUUAGUGUUUUGAGGUACGGAUGGAAUUCAACAGUUAAAUGUUUCAUCGCUACAUCCACCUGAUUUUAUUUCAUCCCUAUGAUGAACUGUUCUGUUCAUCUAAGGUACAACAGGCUAUGUUGUUUCUGUUUUGAAAAGGAGAUGCUUGAGAAAAAGAACAUCUCAUCAGAGUUUAGAGGGUCCAAGACAAACAAAGGUUAUAUUCUUGAACAGCAAGGCGGACGCUGUGCGAAAGAGCUCCUGAGCGACAGAGCUCCUUACACCACUGCUUUACUGAUAAGUACUGCUUGUCACAAGUGACAUGAUCGGCCUGCUAGAAUGCCCACUGGAUUACCAUGGCAACACUGGUUCAACUCCUCUUGUCCCCAAUGCUUAAAGUUUUUAAAGACUACUCAAGUUCAUUGUUUCUAUAGCAACCCAAUGCUGGAUUGAGAUCAGAGGAACUGUAUCAUAUGCAAUUUUGGAGGCUAAAUUUUGGAGGCAUCAUAAAUACUUCUAAUUGUCAAUUAAAUAUCUGCACCAGUUCUUUAAAUAAUGAAUUUAUUAGGCAUGAUUUGUUUUUCUAUUUUUACGGCAUAAUUUCUGUUGUUUUUCUUAUGAGCUAUCUAAGCAAUUGUGAGUGAACUCAAUGAAAGGCAUGGUCAUUCUUGAACAUCUGUGAGUGAUUCAAAGGGAAAGUUUUAUUUUUGCACAAGUUGGUAUGGCCUUAAUUUUGGUUUACAUGCUUAUUUUGUGUGGGUUGGCACCAAGUGCACAUCUUAAUUUGCUAAUUCUCAUAUUCCAAGAGUGCACUUCAAGGCAGGCAAAAAGUUCAGCAAAAUCCUGUUUAUUUUUUAUUUCUAAAUCUAAAACACUGAAUAUUUUGCAUGGAUAUAAAUACAAUGGCAGAUAUUUUUGGCUUGUACAGAAAUGUGAGCAAUUUGAUGAAAAAAGGAAUGUAUAAUUUCUGCUGUAUCUGUAUAUAAACAAAAUAUUUAUUGAACUAUGUCAUUAAUGCUAAUUCUAAUUCUACUAUUAAAGGUUUUCUGAACAAAAUUCUCCAAUUUGUUUUUGAACACUGUUAAGGUUGCUGAAGUUGGACCAUUGUUUUCUGUCACUCUUCUCAAGGAUAUAUGUAAUCAUAAAAUAUUAAAAGUAAACAAAAAUUAAA